AGAAAAUAAACUUACAGUGAAAAGCUGUAAAGAAUAACAUCCUAACCCUAACCUACUAAAUCCUUUUACACACACACACACACACACACACACACACACACACACACACACACACACACACACACACACACACACACACACACACACACACACACACACCCAUGGCAGGAGAAUGUAGAGUUAGAUAGGUGAACUGGUUUGGUCAGUGUGUCAUACAGCUAAAUAUCAUGCAUACAGGGAAGUGCACGUUGUACACAGACGCUCAGAUAAACACACAGCAGCGAGACGAUUACAAUGGGAGAGAAAAUCACCGAGAGCGACUGAUAGAGACGACCAAAGUGUGGUAAAUGGACAUUCUUGAAGCCACUGUUUCUCCACUCGAUGUUUCACCUCCACCUCCUUCAUAUACUGAAGCUACUCAGAGUCCACAGCCCCAAACUCCACCUCCUACUUAUGGAGAAGCAGUGGGUGUUCGUCCUCUGCAGUUGGACAGUGCUGUGUCUCCUUAUCCAAUCCUCAGCGUUCCCACAGAAAUCACAGCCGUACAUCACACACAGACAGUGUUUGUUCAGCCUUCACCCCAUCAGCUGAUUCCACACCAGCAGUUAGCUGGAACACUGGGUGAUGCUCCUACUGUGAUAAUCUGCCCUCAUUGUCAUCACCAAAUUACCACCAGUGUGUGUUAUAAACCUGGGAAUGCAGCAUGGGGCAUGUGCUGCCUGCUGACACUUUUGGGACUCAUCUGUGGAUUCUGUUUAAUUCCCUGCUUCAUGAAAGAAUUCCAGGAUGUUCAUCAUUCAUGUCCUGCCUGUAGAAGAUCUGUGGGGAAACAUGUUCGCUAACACACACACACACACACACACACACACACACACACACACACACACACACACACACACACACACACACUUCUCGGGUC